CGUGCUUCAACUCAAAUAAAUUAAUCAAAUGAACAAUUUUCAAAAGACAACAAAAAAGAAACAAAAAGAAGACCAAUCAGUUUCGAAAGAAGAUGCAAGGAAGGUAGCUCUUCUUUAUAUUCUUCCUCUCGUAUUCAAAGCUUGCAACAAAUUUGAACACACAAGUCUUUCAGAUCUGCUCCAAAUCCCCCAACUCUUUGUUUUCAAUUCCACCAUGUCCACUCCCUCCGACAACGCCGCCGCCCGAAAGCCAGACCGGGCACCGGAGAAGUCCAGUUUUGCGCAGACUUGUAAUCUGCUGAGCCAGUACUUAAAGGAGAAGAGAGGCCUUGGAAUUUCCCCCAGGAUUGAACCGAAAGAUGAGUUUCCGACGCCUCGGCCGCCGGCAAUAAUGAACUUGCUGACGAACAUGGAAAACCCAGAAGAGAAGGCGGUGGGGCUUUUUCUACCAUCGGCGGAGCCGCCGUCUGCGACGCAAAUGACCAUUUUUUACGACGGAAAAGUUCUGGUGUUCAAUGAUCUUCCAUCGGAGAGGGCGGAAGAGAUUAUGGCCAUGGCCAGCAAGGGAGUCGUGUCCUCUUCCAGAUCUGCCUCUGCUGCUGCCGCUGUCUCCAACAAGGUAACGGAGCCAGCCGCCGCCAAAAAACAACCUCAGACCAAAGUUUCCUGCGAUUUGCCCAUUGCAAGAAGAGCUUCUCUCCAUCGAUUCUUCGAGAAGAGAAAGGACAGAGUUUCAGCAAGAGCCCCAUACCAACUGGAUUCACAGCAAUAUUCUUCUUCUUCUAAACCAGCCGGCGAAAGCUACAGAGUCAACAUCGGCGAGAAGGGAAACCAGCUAUCUUCAAACCACUUUGAUCUAAACAUAUAGGCAAAAUUUUAUAAAAUCACCAUAGUUGUUACUCCGUUAAGCUUCUGCCUAAUCUUACCUUCAAAUUCUGACAUUAUACCUGUUGUCAUAACCCUUCUCCUGCCAUCAGAAUGAAUAUGAACAAGAACAGAGCUCUGUAACUAUUUUUCAGACUAAAGACGCUGAUUUGUUGACUUUAUGAAAUUUUUUAGAUCUAUGUUUUA